AUCUGGAGGGGCAUUUUAGGCGGAACCUGGAAGGCGGACGGGAUUGGGAAAGGCGGUGGGCAGGGUCGAGGACAUUCCAAGGCAGGCGUGGGCUUCCUGAGCGAGGGGACUGCCUGCGGCCGGAAGGUGGGGCGUGGGGAAGGAGGACCGAAGUUCCAGCCACAGCGUCCACCUCGCCACCCUAGGUCGUAACCCCCUCGUAGAGAGCGCGCCCUGGCGGAAGAGCAAGUCCCGCCCUCGCUUUGUAGUGAAUGAGAAGCUGCAGCCUUCAGCCGACGGAGGGGAAAGGGGGCGGGCGGGUUGAAUCUGGCAGCAAACACCAGACUUCCCGGCCGCGCUGGCAGCCUGAUCCUGGGGGCCGCUGCCGUUCUGGCCCGCCUCCACCCUUCGCUCCACCCCCACCGCCCCGCGCCGCCCUACUUCCCAGGGUAACUUCGGCAUCCGAGGCGCCCUUUGCGGUCCUUUUCCUGGCUCCGGGAUUCCCAGGCUCCGGAGCCCUUGCUCGGCAGCCAACGGCGGGCAGCUAAGCAGGGACGGUGGGAGGGAGGAGGCCGGCCGGCCUCGGAAGUCAGCCCCAAGUUACGUGUGGGAAGCGGUGGCUGUGACGCAAGUUUCCAGGGGGCCCUGGGCUCGGGUCGGAGGGAGCGCACCAGCGGCUCUACUGUGUGCAGUUACAAUGGUGAAAAAGCAAAAGCUCCAAGCGUGCACCCCAGGUCGUCUUCCCAGCCUCGCCCCUUUCUUCCUCAGGGUCGCGAACGCACAGACUCUGCACCCGGUAGUCCCCUUUAGACCUGGGCUGCACAGGCUGAGCUCCCCGUGCUGUAGCUGGCCUUUUUUUUUUUUUUUUGCAACGCUUGCCAACCUGUCAGCUGAUGGACCUCAUCACCCAUAGUGGCGCAUGUAGCUCAACCGUAGCUUGCUCCAUUCACGCCGCGCUCCCGCAACCGUCCGCGGCCCCAGACCCCCAGCGCUCGGGAAGAAGCCUGCAGACCCCAGCUGCAGCCAGACCCCAGGAGCCCACGCCCCUCUCGCCCAGUCCUCGCGCCGCCCGGGGGGCGCUGCAAAUAGUCCUUUGUUUACAUGCAAUUCCUUACUCCGCGGAAGGAGGCCGGGGGAGUGCUCAGUUUUCACCAGCUGUUUCCCGCCUUGAAACAGACAUCUGAUCAGCUGCAAACACACACACAUACACACGCCCGGGGAGGCAGGCCGGAGAGACCUCCCUCCCGCCCCUCCCGCCCGCCUCCCUCCCCUCGCCGCCGCUGCCGCCGCCGCCAGCAUCUGGGACCGGCCGAUUCUGCACCUCCGUCCGGCGCUGUCCUUUGAUUCGGAUUUCCAUCUUGCAUUCUCCGGCGGAUCGCGGGACCCGGCUCGUGCAGAAGAGGGGGGCCGAUCGCUAUGGAGUAUUUCAUGGUGCCCACUCAGAAGGUGCCCUCUUUGCAACAUUUCAGGAAAACAGAGAAAGAAGUGAUAGGAGGGCUCUGUAGCCUUGCCAACAUUCCAUUGACCCCUGAGACUCAGCGGGACCAGGAGCGGCGUAUUCGGCGAGAGAUUGCGAACAGCAACGAGCGAAGGCGUAUGCAAAGCAUCAACGCAGGCUUCCAGUCCCUCAAGACCCUCAUCCCUCACACAGAUGGAGAGAAGCUCAGCAAGGCAGCUAUUCUCCAGCAGACAGCGGAGUAUAUCUUCUCCCUGGAGCAGGAGAAGACUCGGCUGCUGCAGCAGAACACACAGCUCAAACGCUUCAUCCAGGAGCUGAGCGGUUCAUCCCCUAAGCGACGGCGGGCAGAGGAUAAGGAUGAAGGGAUUGGCUCACCGGAUAUCUGGGAGGACGAGAAGGCGGAGGACCUGCGGCGGGAGAUGAUUGAGCUGCGGCAGCAGCUGGACAAGGAGCGCUCAGUACGGAUGAUGCUGGAGGAGCAGGUUCGCUCUCUCGAGGCCCACAUGUACCCAGAAAAGCUCAAGGUGAUUGCACAGCAGGUGCAGCUACAGCAGCAGCAGGAACAAGUGCGGCUGCUGCAUCAAGAGAAGCUAGAGCGGGAACAGCAGCACCUGCGGACCCAGCUCCUGCCCCCUCCGGCCCCCACCCACCACCCCACAGUGAUUGUGCCAGCACCACCUCCCCCUCCCUCCCACCACAUCAACGUUGUCACCAUGGGCCCCUCCUCGGUCAUCAACUCUGUUUCCACAUCCCGGCAGAAUCUGGACACCAUAGUGCAGGCAAUCCAGCACAUUGAGGGCACCCAGGAGAAGCAAGAGCUGGAGGAGGAGCGGCGGCGAGCCGUCAUUGUGAAGUCCAUCCGCACCUGCCCAGAGGCCCACACUUCCGACACUGCCUCUGACUCUGAGGCCUCAGACAGUGAUGCCAUGGACCAGAGCCGGGAGGAGCCAUCAGGGGACGGGGAGCUUCCCUGACCACCCCCCAGCCCUCCUCUACCUUUUAGGGGCUGGAGGGGGCCUGGGCAGCAACAAGAAGAGAUGUGGGUGAAUGAAUGAGAAAUUUUUACAAAAUUACAAUGUCAUUUGGGUCUCUUUUAUGACCUCUUUUUCAAUACUGUAAAUUGACCUUUGAACGAAGCCACCCAACCCAAGGUCCCGGGGCUAGGGUGGCCCAGAGCUUGUGGGAGAAUCGGGACCCCAGGGCUGUGCCUCAGCCCAAGGGGCUGGGGAAGCUGACACUGAGGUGCCUGGCCUCUCUCCGCCAAAAAGCAUUUUUUUUCUUUAUGUUUCUAAGAACAGGGAGAAUCAAACAAAACCCCAAGGAAUUUCUUUCCUCCUCAGAGCCAGCCCUACGACUGUCAGUCUUAAUCCCCUUCCCUCUUUUUGGUUCUCUUCUUUCUCCUUUAAGCACUUACGUGGGUUGAGGGUCAGGCUGAGCCGGGGCUUUCUGGGGUCCGGGGGUCCACGUUGCUUCUCGGUUGGGGUAUGCUGCUGCCCUUCUCCUCUCUUCCCCAUCUCGGCACUAGGAUUUGCCACUCUCCACUCUCACCCUACCCCCACCGCUCCCUUCCCCAUCUUCCACCCCCAAAAUGUCAGAGUCUUUCUCUUUGUUUUGUUUGUUGUUGGGUUUUGUUUGUUUUAUUUUUGGUUUCUGUUUUGUUUUCUUUUUCUUUCUUUUUUUUUUACAAUUUUGAGGUCUUUGUGUUUAAGGAGAAGCUAUUAUAUUUUGUUAAGAAAGUGGGGGGAAAAAACCAAGAGGCCACUGUGCCUUUGUAAAGAAACAAAUAAAGUUUGUACUUUGUUUUUUA